UAUCAACAUUCCCUUUUUUUAGUACUGUUGUUUUUUUUAAACGAAAGUAGGACAAGGAAUAAUAUAAAGUCUGGAUUUCACAACUCCCAAACGUUUGGGCGGAAUACCCAUCUAAGUGAACUGCUACUACAGAAUUUUUUUCACCGGUAAAUAAAAAAUAAAAAAUAAAACGACGAGGAAGAGUCGACAGAUUCAUCUAAUGAAUGAGCAACAGUAUAAAGAUUGAUGUAGCUACAUAUGGCUGUGUUUAAACGAAGAUGUCUCUUUUAUCUGGUCGAGGUGACGUACAGUAAAUCUUUGGUUAUAUUGCUGCUCGUCUCAAUUACGAUUGUUGAUGGACAAAUUGACGUAAGUGAUGCUAACAAUAAAAACGAAGCUUCGAAAGGAAAGGAUUAUAUUGUUCAUUGGAAUAUCAGCAAUGCAGAAAAAAUUUUUCUUUUGGAAUUGUCCAAAAACAAAACAAAUAUAAAGUCAAAUAAUCCUGGUAAUUGGAAAUCUCUUGAAUUAUUCACUGUUAACAAAACCUCUAUUUCUAUAGAAACUUUCAUGGAGGGUGAUAAAAUGUGCUGCAUUAUGACAGUACAUAAUGUUUCAUAUGAUGAUGAUGCAAGUGAAUAUGUUAUGCAAGUGACAUAUAUAUUGUACAAUCCAAUUCGAGAAGAAAAAAAAAACGCUACGUACCGCCUUGAUGUUACAGGAGUUCCUGAAUUCUGUGGAACAAAGUUACCAAACGAGAUUAACUUAAUCAAUAAAAAUGCUGAAGUUGAGAUUUGUGGUCAUCCAAAACCUGAAGUAAAUUUUUAUAUACACGAAAGUAAAAGACUUCCUGGUGCGUGUGAAUUAACAGAAGGAAGACUUAAGAAGUACAAAUGCAAAGUGGAAUUAACAGAUUUGAAAUGUGGAGAAAAGCUGAAUUUAAAAAUUCGCGGCUAUCAAAAUAUGAAAUUGAGUUCGUCAUCGAUAUUAAUUGCAAACUAUACACCAAUCGAUUUAAAAUUUGAAAAAAAAAGUAUCGACUGCUACAAUCUUUCAUGGUCUGUUCACCCUCUUGCAAAACCUUGCGUCAAAGAAUAUCAGUUGGUAGUAAACCAAAUCGAUAAAGCUCCGUUAAACACCACAACGAAAACAUCGAAUUACCUUAUUUGCAGCAAAUCAAUACAAUCAUGCAAAGUAAGAACAUUGUGUAAAUCAAACCAAGAAAGUGAUUGGGUAACAGCAGCAAUAACUGUUGGUAUACCCCAGUCGAAAGAUAACGCUUCAUUCUAUUUGAUUUUCAUUUCUGCCGCUCUGGCAAUCUUUGCAAUCAUUUUACUCAUUAUUGGCCUUGUAUUAUUGAAAAAGAAAUUGUACAAGAGAAGUUUCAAGAAACCUUCAUCACUCGAAGGUUUGACAAGGCGGCAUGAGGAAGAGGGUCCAAAAGCAUACCCGAAUCACUACGAAGAGACAAUGUUUUUUGCAAAACAUCCGCAGCCAGUUUAACACCUUCAAAAAAAUUAGAUCAAACCUCUCCAAAGUUUGUUGCGUAAUUUCCACUUUAGGGAGGUUACAAUGUAUUGUCCAGCCUAUUUAGAGAAAAAAAAUAUUGUAAGUUUUAGAAAUAUAGCUACUAAUAUAACAACACUUUCCAGUAUUCUAACUUCGUGUAAAAAUUGUUGAAAAUAAAAAUUUGUUUUAAUGGUCA